CCUCCUCGGAUCUGCAUCCAUGGGGAUCGAUCGCAGUCGGAAUCCAUUAUCAGCUCCUUCCUCCUCCUCGUCCUGCGACUUGGCAUGGCGGACGAGAUCGUGCCCGCCGAAGGGCCGUCCUACCGUCCGCCGAGGAUCCGAUCGAGGUCGCUCGCAGACUACGCGCCUGAGCCUUUCGACAGCGAGAAGAUCCCUCCCACUCUUGUCUCUGAGGUGCGCCGCUUCCUCCGAGUGGCCAACCAGAUCGAGGCCGAGUCCCCCCGCGUCGCGUACAUUUGCCGAUUUCAUGCGUUUGAGAAAGCACACAAUCUGGAUCCCAAAUCAAGCGGACGAGGUGUUCGACAGUUCAAAACUGCACUUCUUCAGAGACUUGAACAGGAUGAAAAAAUCACCAAAUUUUUGAGGAAGGAGAAAAGUGAUGCUCGGGAACUGAGAUCUUUCUACAAUACGAAAAACAUGAAAGCAGGUGAAGUUUCAUCUGUGUUGCAUGAAGUGUUGAAGGCAGUCGUAUCUGGAGCUGGCCCUGAGUUUGUGGCUGCCAUUGACAUUGAUGAAAAGAUUGGCUCUUACGCUCCAUAUAAUAUUCUUCCAAUUGAUCCUGGAAGCGGACAACAAUCAAUUAUGCAUCUUCCAGAGAUUGAGGCUGCAGUUUCUGCCGUUCUUAAUGUUCGAGGUCUUCCAAUAGCAAAGGAUUCUCAGGAGAUGGGUGCCAGCAGAGAUAUACUAGAGUGGCUCCAAUGUUGGUUUGGCUUUCAGAAAGGCAAUGUAGCUAAUCAGCGGGAACAUCUUAUCUUACUACUUGCUAAUAUACAUGGUAGGCUCAGUCCAAAGCCAACAUCCAUGUUGAAGCUUGAUGAUAGAGCAGUACAUGAACUUAUGUUGAAAAUAUUUGAAAAUUAUCGGAAAUGGUGUAAGUUUUUAGGGCGACGGAGCAACAUUUUGUUGCCAUCUGUCAAGCAGGAAAUACAACAAUAUAAAUUGUUAUAUAUUGCUCUUUAUCUGCUUAUAUGGGGUGAAGCUGCUAACUUGCGGCUAAUGCCAGAGUGCCUAUGCUACAUAUUUCAUCUGAUGGCAUAUGAUUUAUACGGGGUGCUAUCUGGUGCUAUUGACUUGAAUACUGGAGAGAAAGCCAUACCUGCAUAUGGAGGAGAGCAUGAAUCUUUUCUCAGCAACGUAGUCACUCCUAUUUACAAAGUCAUACAUGAGGAAGCCAAGAAUAGUAAAAAUGGGAACGCUGAUCAUUCUACAUGGAGAAACUAUGAUGAUUUGAAUGAAUUCUUUUGGUCUGUUGAUUGUUUUAAGAUCGGUUGGCCCAUGCGUCUUGAUAAUGACUUUUUUUAUACACCACCAAAUUUCUGUAGUCAAAAUACUGCCGAGGAGAUGCCAACUACAUUUUCAACACAGAAAUGGGUGGGCAAGACUAACUUCGUAGAGAUUAGAUCAUUUUGGCAUCUAUUCAGAAGUUUUGAUCGAAUGUGGACAUUUCUUGUACUUGCUCUCCAGGUUAUGAUAAUCAUGGCGUGGCAUGACUUAGAAACUCCUCUAGAAUUACUUGAUCCUUCAAUUUUUGAGGAUAUAUUAAGUAUUUUUGUGACAAAUGCAGUGCUUAGGCUUAUGCAAGUGACUCUUGACAUUGCAUUUACAUGGAAAGCAAGGCAUACACUGGGCUUCUAUCAGAAACUAAGAUUUGCUCUUAAAUUCUGUAUUUGUGGAAUAUGGACGAUAACACUUCCAACAGCUUAUUCUACUUCUCAAAGAAAUUCUGUUUGCUCAACAAAACUAUCUCAGAGCAAUCUUUAUCUAUUCUGCUUAUCACCGUACAUGAUUGUGGUUGCAAUUUAUUUGAUCAGCAACGUUCUAGGAAUGACAUUAUUUUUCUUUCCUGCUGUAAUUACUUAUAUUGAAAUCUCAAAUUGGCGGAUCUGCAAAUUUCUUUCUUGGUGGGCUCAACCUCGAUUAUAUGUUGGACGAGGGAUGCAAGAGGGCCAAGUGUCUCUUCUGAAGUAUACAAUCUUUUGGUCUAUUCUAUUGUUCAGCAAGUUCUUAUUCAGCUAUCAUUUUGAGAUAAAACCUCUUGUACAACCAACAAAGCAAAUAAUGAAAGUUAGCGUUAAUAACUAUGAUUGGCAUGAACUUUUUCCAAAAGCCAAAAGCAAUGCCGGUGCAAUUCUUGCAGUUUGGACCCCAGUACUUCUUGUCUAUUUUAUGGAUACACAGAUUUGGUAUUCUAUAUUUUGUACAAUCUUUGGUGGUGUUUAUGGCAUUGUCCAUCAUCUUGGCGAGAUUCGUACAAUGGGAAUGGUGAGAAGUCGGUUCCACUUGUUACCCUCUAGGUUCAAUGCCUUUUUUGUUCCUCACUCAUCACAAUCACAAAAAGAAGAUAAGGGAAGUUUCCGAAAAUUUUUGCAAAACAAAAUUUUCAAGGAUUUAAAACUUGUAAAGGCCGACAUUCCUAGAUUUUCUUUUGUGUGGAAUCAAAUUGUCAGUAGCUUCCGUUCUGAGGAUUUAAUAAGCAACAGGGACAUGGAUUUAAUGAUCAUGCCACUUUCUUCAAACUUGACUUCCCAAUCCAUUAGGUGGCCUUUAUUUCUUCUGACAAGUAAGUUUUCAACUGCAGUGAAUAUGACUAAGGAGUUUGUGGGAGAAUACGAACAACUCCAUUGGAAAAUAAACAAAGAUAGAUAUAUGGUCAGUGCUAUUAAAGAGUGUUACAAUUCACUCAAAACUAUCUUCAAGUUCCUUGUUGUUGGUGACCUAGAAAAACGGGUUUUGGAGACAAUAUUUGAUGAGAUCGAAUCAAGUCUUAAAAAAUCAAGACUUCUGGUGGAUUUUCAGAUGAAUGAGCUUCCUGUUCUACAUGAUAAGUUUAUCCAUCUGGUUGAACUUCUGUUUAACAAUAAACCAGAUGAUCGAGAGAAAGUGGUCAUAAUACUUCAAGAUAUUGUAGAUAUAUUGACAAAAGAUAUGAUGGUAAAUUGUUCGAGAAUCUUAGAUAUGAUCAAUUGCGCUGAGAAUGAUGUCUCAGAUGGGAACAUAUUUUUUCAAGAUCAUCCACCAGAGUUGUUUGCUUCAAACUUCCCUAUGUGUGCAAUAUGUUUUCCCCUUCCAGAUAAUGGUGCUUUAAAAGAACAGGUUAAACGAAUAUAUCUGUUGCUCACUGUCAAAGAAAAAGCUAUGGACAUUCCAACUAAUUUGGAGGCUAGACGACGUAUUUCAUUCUUUGCAACAUCUCUAUUUAUGGAUAUGCCUUGUGCUCCUAAAGUUCGUAAUAUGUUGUCAUUCAGGUAUCUAUGCUAUAAUCAUCUUUUGUUUGAGAUUUAUCGCAUCAAGCUUCCUGGUCCUCCAAUUAUUGGUGAAGGGAAACCUGAGAAUCAGAACCAUGCAAUUAUUUUCACUCGUGGUGAAGCACUUCAAACAAUUGAUAUGAACCAAGAUAAUUACCUAGAAGAAGCUUACAAAAUUAGAAAUGUUCUUCAAGAAUUUUUGAGACGUCGUGGAAAACAUCCACCAACUAUAGUUGGUCUCAGAGAGCACAUAUUUACUGGCAGUGUAUCAUCUCUUGCUGGUUUUAUGUCUUAUCAAGAGACUAGCUUUGUCACUAUCGGGCAGAGGUUUCUUGCAAAUCCGCUCAGGGUACGGUUUCACUAUGGACACCCAGAUCUGUUUGACCGGUUGUUUCAUCUAACGAGAGGUGGUGUAAGCAAAGCUUCUAAAACUAUUAACUUAAGCGAGGAUGUCUUUGCUGGAUUUAAUUCCACAUUACGCAGGGGUUAUAUAACUUACAAAGAGUAUAUGCAGGUUGGCAAAGGACGCGACGUUGGGCUUAAUCAGAUAUCAAAAUUUGAAGCUAAGGUAGCAAAUGGAAACAGUGAGCAAUCUCUCAGCCGUGACAUAUACCGGCUUGGACGACGCUUCGACUUUUUCCGGAUGCUUUCGUGUUAUUUCACAACAGUUGGGUUUUACUUCAAUAGCUUGAUAUCUAUUUUUGGGCUUUAUGUUUUCCUCUACGGGCAACUAUACCUUGUUCUCAGUGGGCUGGAGAAGGCACUCAUCACUGAGGCUCGAGUGCGAAAUGUGAAGUCCUUAGAAACUGCACUUGCAUCCCAGUCUUUCCUCCAACUGGGACUUCUUACAGGGUUGCCGAUGGUGGUGGAGCUUGGCUUAGAGAAGGGGAUCCGUGUUGCCUUGAGUGACUUCAUCCUCAUGCAAUUGCAAUUGGCCUCCAUUUUCUUCACGUUUUCACUUGGGACAAAGGCACAUUUCUUUGGAAGAACUAUUCUCCAUGGUGGCGCCAAAUAUCGACCGACAGGCCGUAAAUUUGUAGUUUUCCAUGCUAGCUUUUCGGAGAACUACCAAUUGUACUCGCGGAGUCAUUUCGUCAAAGGAUUUGAGUUAAUUUGCCUCCUGACUGUCUACAACCUAUUCAGGAAAUCAUACCAGAGCACAAUGGCUUACUUCAUGAUCACAUACUCUUCCUGGUUCAUGGCAGGAACUUGGUUGUUCACACCUUUCCUCUUCAAUCCAUCCGGAUUUGCCUGGAGAAAGAUCGUCGAGGACUGGAUGGACUGGAACAAAUGGAUGAAGAAUCAGGGCGGCAUCGGCAUAAAACCAAACAAGUGCUGGGAAUCAUGGUGGAAUGCUGAAUACAGUCAUCUUAAGCAUUCCGGGUGGACUUCUUCCAUAAUGGAAAUUCUCAUUUCCCUUCGCUUUUUCAUCUAUCAAUAUGGCCUUGUCUAUCACCUAGACAUCUCACAAGAUAACAAAACCAUCCUGGUUUAUGUGCUUUCCUGGUUUGUCAUCGUCGUCGUCUUUUCACUCGUUAAGUUGGUCGAUGUAGGACGUAGCCAACUCAGCGCGAAGCAUCAUCUUUUUUUCAGGCUUUUCAAAAUGGUCUUGUUCCUGAGCGUCAUAAGCUGCAUUAUCAUUCUCUCAACCAUAAACCAGCUCUCUUUUAUGGAUCUUUUUGUAUGCUGUCUUGCAUUUAUACCCACUGGCUGGGGACUCUUGUUGAUCUCUCAUGUAUUCAGGUCGAAACUCGAGUAUUCAGGUCUAUGGAACAUUAUCCAAGUAGUCGCUUAUGCUUAUGACUACGCAAUGGGCUGUCUUCUUUUCGCACCGAUAGCAGCCUUGGCAUGGAUGCCCGUCAUAUCUGCGAUACAAACUCGCGUCCUAUUCAACCAGGCGUUUAACAGACAAUUGCAUAUCAUGCCCAUUCUUGCAGGGAAGAGUAAACACCGGUAAAGAAGGCAA